AUGCACGACACCGAGGCUCUCGCAGCGGCUUUCGACAACGAGUCCAACUACAUUGCGUACUGUUGCCAGGUGCACUCGCACACUUACACCUGUAUCAAAUAUUCCCUAAAAGGACUCGUUAGAGACAGUGCAGAUCAAAAUAGAGGGACGGCUUGUCGGUUCAAGGCACCUUGGAAGAUCGUCGAGAGCACCGGAUUCACGGAUGACGGUCUGCUCAGAAUCCGGCGGAAUCACCCGCUCGUCAACCGGUACAACAAAGCAAUGGCAGUCGGCCUCCGCCACAACCACGACAUCUCCAUGAUCUUGACUAAGGCCAAGGGACUCGCCAUGGUAUUUUACAUCACAAACUAUGCCACCAAAUUAGACACGCCCAUGUGGAAACGCCUUGUCUUCGCAGCUGACGUUCUUCGACAACUUCGUGAAUCUGCGGCGCUGAGGGGGCCGAGUCUUGCCGAACAGGGUGCCCAGCGCCAGGUUGUGGUAAACGAGAGUCGCCAAUUUCUGAUGAGAGCGGCGAAUCGAAUCUUUUCCGAGAGACAGCUUUCGGCCGUAGAGGUCUGCUACUUCCUGCUCGGGUAUCAAACCGAUUUUACUAAUGUGCCACACUGGUCCUAUAUCAAUCUGACGGCACUCUACUGGACUAUUUUCCGUCGCUGGCCACACCUCCGUCGCCAGGCCUGCAUGCAAACAGACGCCGAAGAGCCGUCGGAGACGGUACAGUUUCGGCAAAAUGGCCGGACCUUACUGUACCUGGAUGCCUAUGCCUAUCGAGGCCCAGUUCUGAGGCACGUGUGUCUCUAUGACUAUAUGUCUAUGGUUACCCUGGAGCGCCGCCGUGGCCGAGAUGAGGAUGAGAUCCGUAUUGCGCUAGAAGGGCCUCCGGAAUGUCACGAAUGGAUACAAAAGCUUCGCCUGCCCCCCGAAUACGCGGUCCCGGUCUUUCAGGGAUUCAUCAGCGACGACCACAUGGAUGAGCACCCGGUGUAUUUCAAACGAAACUCGGUUCUCCAUCUGGCCUUGUUCGUACCAUGGGAAAAAUUUCUCUCCGAGACGCACCCUAAUAUCACGGGCAUAUGGCAGAACUUUGCAGAUACCCUCUGUGCUCGCUUGAGAUUGUGCAUCGCAAACAUCUCCCUCCUCAGGAGAUCGGCUGAGGAUGCUCGUAAGGAUGCUCGGCUCUGGGCCAGCCGAUCGGAAGGCGACGACACAGUCGAUGUAGAAUUCCCUCUGGAUGAAAGCAAUGAUAACGAUGAGCCAACCACAGAGGAGCCAACAAUGGCAGAGCACCAUCAAAGCUAUACAGCUCUCCUUCGGAGUCUCCAAACUGCUGUGCGAGACUCCGACGCAACGAAGGAUUCCUCAGUCCUGCGGGGCCUGAUCCGAGACUUUUGCCAGGAGAACCCGGCAGAAGAAGGCCGACCUUUUAUUCAACGCCACGAGAAUUUCUAUCAGCAAAUUAACCAUCAUCAGGAUAGCGUCUUGUCUCACUGUUCGAUUCCUUCUGCUCAAGACGUCCAGGCAGCGGCGAAGGCUCAGGAUCUGCUGCAUCUCAAGAUGCUCAAUGAGGUGGAGAGUGCUGUUCAAGGUGGCACGACCUCUGUCGACAACGCCGACAUCGAUGAUCUACUUGUGCGGCAGUGUGAUACGGAUGUUCCCAUUACUAGGAGGCCGGAAGACUUGAAUGGGCAAAGUCCUCCGAUGCUUGUUGAGCUAGGCCCCGUCGGAGGAUUCACGGAGCUAGGACUUCGAGCCGCCUCCACGUAUACGCUCAACGGGCUGCAGAGCAUGGCACUACAACUUGUGUGUCGGUUCUUGGACAAGUAUAUCGACAAUCCCGAAUCCGCUGGUCAACAUCUUCAAUACAUUGGUGGUCCAGGCGGUACCGGGAAGUCCAGAAUUGUAGAUGCCUUGCGGGACGUAUUCGCGGCUAGAGGGCAGCCACAUCACCUCCAGAUUACCGGCACGUCAGGCAGUGCAGCAGCUCAGAUCGGCGGGACGACACUCCACUCGGCCUGCGGACUGGAUAUCCAUCAUUCCAGCGACAGAAAACUGUCUCCAACUUUCUCGGAAGCGAAGAAAUGGAUGUGGAAGCAGAAGUUGGUACUUGUGAUCGACGAAGUGAGCAUGCUCGGGGGAGCCACUCUAUUCCAUGCGAACUGCCGCCUCCAGGCUCUCCGUGACUGCCCCGACAAGCCAUUUGGCGGCAUUCCUGUUGUUCUCCUGAUGGGUGAUUUCUAUCAGUUCGCCCCCGUGCUCGAGACAAGUCUCCUGGUGGACCGGAUGGUAGAUUCGGCUUACACGGCCUCUUUGGGGCAGGCCACCAUUGCUCACCAUCGUGGUCACAGCCUCUGGCUCAUGUUCAAGACCGUCGUCCUUCUUGAGGAGCAAGUUCGCGCGCGAGACGAUCCUCAGCUGGGCGCUCUUUUGGACAGAGUACGGGCUGGAACCCAGACGAAUGAGGACCUUGACCUGCUCAACACCAGGCUCGUGGACCGCUCCCAAAUCACCUUCAAGGCUGGCUUGCGCGCCAUAACCCCGCUCAAUCGCAACCGAUGGAGCCUCAACAUGGAAGCCUUGAUAGAUUGGGCCCGCUUUCACAGAAGGCAUAUCUCGAUCUUCAUCUCGACCCACACAUGGCGCAGCCGGGCCUUAUCCCAGCUGGAGGUAGCCCAGACCAUCGAGCAAGGCGACAACUCCAGCUGCAAGAUCCCUGGGGUAUUCUUCUACGCCCAGGGAAUGCCCGUAGUUGUCAACAAAAAUACCUACACCGGCUUGAGAGUUGUGAACGGGGCCGAGUUUACGGCUGUGGACGUCAUCCCAGAUCCAAAGUUCCCGGGCUACUGUCUUGCGGACGAUGUUACCAUCCACUUCGGCCCGCCACUGGGCAUACUGUUGGAGUCGCAAGACACAAAAGAUCUAGCCAUCCCGGCCCUCCCAACAGGCACCGUGCUCAUCCGGCCCAUCACGCAUACCCUCGAUCCAGCCAACUCUCACUACAGGUUCUUAUCCGGGAAAUGCACUCGGCGAGGACUACCUGUCGUCCCGGCCUUCGUUCUGACUGACUACAAAGCCCAAGGCAAAACAUUUAUAGACGUUCUGUUGGAGCUGCGAGGAAAUCGCAUGACAAAUGGGCAACCAUCGAAGUGCGACUUCACCAGUCUCUAUGUGCAACUAUCCAGGUGCAGAACACUGCAAGGCAUCAAACUGCUCAGUCCCGUACGGCCGCAGGAUUUCCUCGGCAACAAGCCGGACCAAAGCAUGAUUGAUGCCAUGCGGAGACUGACGGACCUAGCAAUCAGCGCGUGA